AUCAAAGCAUGAUGGCGUCCGAUGGGAGAGUGAGCGAUCACGCCUAACGCUACAAUUUCCUAUCACAUUAUUAAUUUACUGAUACAUCAAUAAUGUUAUAGUUAUUAAUAUUUAUAAGUGUUUAUUGUGAACAGUUAGUGUAUAUUGUGUUGCAUGAGUGAUCCUAAUGGGAUACUGGGGAGGGAUGACGGACGAAAUUCACCGGCCAGCACCGCUCAGCUAACAAAAUGCGACAAGGAGCCAGAUUGUGUGGCGAUAGGUAGCAGGCUGAGAGGCACGAUGGGUACCCGCCCUCCCGCCGCCUUCUGGCCCCAACUAUGGGCGACCGUCGUCAGGAAUCUGCUGCUCAAGAAACGGGACACCAGAAAAACUCUUGCCGAAGUCUUGGUUCCUCUAUAUUCCCUGGGUGUGUUGAUCUUCUUGAAAAUGUUGGUGCCGAACCCGAAUUUCCCCGAGGUACGGAAACCUGGCCGUCUGUUAAGGAUUCAUCACGAUGUCAUCUCAGAUAACCACUCGGUUGCCGUUGUUGCGGAUUGGGAAACUGCUAAUGGCACUUUGAGUUUCCUGGACGACAUCAACUCUCUGCUCCGCGAGUCCGGACAACACCAAAUUCACUGGAUCCGCUACAACAAUACCACGGAACUCAACGAUGCGUACCACAACAACGCUAAACAUUUCCCACUCGCCAUCAUCUUCCACACAGACCCUGGAGCUUACGGUGAACCACUCAGAUACACAAUACGGACGAAUCCCUCUCGUGACGGGGGCACUCCGUCCACUCGGACCCUGAGCACGUCUCCAGCGAAAUGUCGCGAGCGUACGAAGUCAGAUAAGGACUGGUCCUCGGACUGGUCCCGUGGCGGUCAGCUCAUCCCACUAUCGGAGAUGCAUCGCGAGGACACCUGCCCUGUGCUUCAGUAUUACUACACUGGUUUCCUGGCGCUUCAAACAUUGAUCGAUUACGUCAAGAUUAAGAUGGAGACUGGUGCAAAUUUCCUGCCACCUCGGGUGGAUUUCCGUCAGUUCCCUAAGCGGCAGCAUACUGGCGACUGGCUCGUCAUCUUCCGCGUGAUCAUGCCCAUGUACAUGGUGAUGACGUUAUCACAGUUCAUCACAUACUUACUGAUGUUCGUUGUGGGGGAGAAGGAGAAGAAGAUCAGGGAAGGAAUGAGGAUUAUGGGAUUAAAGGACAGUGUUUAUUGGGGUUCUUGGUUCUUGAUCUACGCCGUGUUCGUCACAAUACUCUCCAUCGUCAGCACCGUUUUGCUGUUCACUCUGAAGGUGUUCCAGCACUCCUCAUACAUCUUGAUCUUCCUUCUGAUGCUGUUAUUUGGUUUCACGAUCAUAACUUUUGCGUUCAUGCUAACUCCCUUCUUCGAUAAAGCCAGGACUGCUGGUAUACUGGGCAGUUUCGCGGUGAACCUGAUGAGCGGUCUCUACUUCAUUCAGGUGUUCGUCUCUAACGCUGACUCGUUAGCCUUCUGGUUCGUCUCCCUCAUCAGCUCCAGCUGCUAUGCUUUGGCUAUGGACAAGGCUUUGGUGCUUGAUAUGGCGGGUGUGGGAGUGACGUGGGAGAACUUGUGGAGCGGCCCCGGGGUGCCGUUCGGGGGAAGUCUGAUCAUGAUGGCAUUGGACACCGUGUUAUAUGGACUGGCUGCUUACUGGCUGGAUGCCGUUAUACCAGGCGAGUACGGCAUCAAACAGAAGCCGUGGUUCUGUCUGCUGCCCUCGUUCUGGUCGCCGAGAGCACGCGUCGCGCAACUGUUGCAAGACGGAAACGUUACCAAUAAUAAGGACAUCGAGCCCGUGCCCAAGGAACUACAAGAUAAAGAAGCGAUAAGGAUAGUUGGUCUCCAAAAAAGUUUCCGGCACUGCCGAAGACCGGAGGUCAAGGCUAUUGACGGUAUCGACCUGAGUAUAUACGAGGGUCAGAUCACGGCGGUGCUGGGUCACAACGGAGCUGGGAAGUCGACACUCUUCAACAUCCUUACCGGCCUCACUUCUCCUACAGCUGGGACUGCUUAUGUCUAUGGUCUGGAUGUCAGAGAUCCUAACGACAUGCACGAGAUCCGUCAAAUGAUAGGAGUGUGCCCGCAGCAGGACGUGUUGUUCGACCUUCUCUCCGUCAAGGAACACCUUCAGUUCUUCGCGGCUGUUAAGGGUAUCCCCCGUAAGCGUGUUCCGGGUGAAGUUCAGAGGGCGUUAUCGGAGGUGGGUCUCUUGGAUCAAAUGCACGUGUUCUCCAAACAUCUUUCGGGGGGUCAGAAGAGAAAACUUAGCAUCGCCAUAGCUUUUAUAGGGGAUCCAAAGAUCAUAAUUCUGGAUGAGCCGACUGCUGGCGUGGACCCUGUCUCCCGUCGACAGACCUGGCGCGUGUUACAGCGAGCUCGUCGCGGUCGGGUGCUGCUCCUCACCACUCACUUCAUGGACGAGGCGGACAUUCUCGGGGAUAGGAAGGCUGUUAUAAGCAAAGGACGGGUUCGCUGUGCUGGUACGUCACUAUUUCUGAAGAACAAAUUCGGUAUCGGAUAUCAUCUGACGCUGGUAUUAGACGGCGCAUGUCGUGAGCACCAGAUCACCCGCCUGGUCCGCGGUCACGUUCCCCGGGCGGAGAAGGCUCGUCGUCAUGGUCGCGAGCUGUCCUACAUCCUGCCGCACUAUACUGUACACUUGUUCCCCCCACUCUUUCAGGCUAUCGAGUUAGAGAUACGAGAAAAGACCAAUAGACUAGGUAUCACAAGUUACGGUGUAUCAAUGACGACCCUUGAGGAGGUGUUCCUCAGUCUGGAGGGAGAAAACGCUGAAGAGACAGAAGCAGUUGAGGGAGUGUCGUCCGUGAAGCUGGUGAGGGCCCGCGCCCUCUCCAGAAGCUUGUCGCUCCAAAGCAAGACCUUAAGCUAUCAGGAAUUGAAUGACAAAGAGCAGCAGAAGACAACUUCCCUGCCGACACCGGCCGCCUCGCACGCACUUCACUCCACCACGCAUGGAGUCGAACACGUUAAGGUAAAUAAGCUUUCUGACGGUCAGGUUACCCCUGAAGCACCAGUUUCCGUAGAUGCCCUCAGCGAAGCCCUAGUGACACGUCCGUCAUGUUGGCGCACAUUCUGCGCUCUCGUUUACAUCCGAACCGUGCGAAUGAUACGGGACCCUUACAAGCUAUACGUCAUGAUCUUCAUGCCUAUCAUUUCCUGCGCUUUGGGGUUAUACAUGAAGUCCCGCCAGAUUGUAUUUUUUCGCAUGCAGCCACUAAAAUUGGAUCCUAACGCGUAUUUCAAUAAAACACCCAUCGCUUUGUUUAGUGAAUCUGACAAUAUGGAACAAAUUGAUCAAUUUAGGGAUUCCUUGGAAACUUUCGGAGCUCAUCCCAUUGACAUGUUUGAUGGGAACUUCUCUAGUUUGCUAGAUAUGGAGAAUUUUGGAGCAUUCAGUUUGAAGGACAGCCUCGUGUCGUUUGGGAACAUAAUGGCGUACUACAAUAGUACAUACACACACAGUUUGCCAAUUAUAAUAAACUUGUUGGACAAUACUAUAUACAGGGUACUAAUGUCAUCCACGAACCAGUUGGACAACUUCCGCCCUAUCGAGGUCCUCACACAUCCCUUCCAGCAGACCGAGCAGCAGGAGGAGUUCAAUCUUGGGAACGUAGUGUGUGCAAUUUUCAUGGGGAUGAUAUUCGCUCUGGUCCCCGUCACGCUCGCUGUGGACAUUGUUUAUGAUAGAGAGAUCAAAGCCAAGAACCAGCUGCGAGUGAACGGCCUAUCUAUGAGCAUGUAUUUCCUUACUUACUUCACUAUUCUCAUCUUCAUCAUGGUGGUUACUAGCGCUGGUGUACUGGCCCUGGUGAUGGUGAACGAUAUCCCAAGCCUGACGAACGGUUCCGCCAUCACAAUGCUCUGCUUCCUGCUGUUACUGUACAGCCCCUCCGCCAUCUUGUUCAACACCUGCCUCUCAUACAUCUUCGACAAGAUGGACUCCGCUCAGAGCAUCAUGCCCAAUAUAACAACCUGGGUCGGAGUCAUACCGUUCAUUCUGGUAGCUGUUCUCGAUACUUUCAAAUGGGGUUCCAACAUAGCGUUCUAUCUCCACCUAGUGUUCAGUUUUCUAGACGUUAUGUACAUACCUUACGCCAUCAUAUACUAUGUUGAUAGGGUAUACCUGACGUGUAACCUCCGCGGUCUAUGUACGGUGCCGGACCUCAGCAGCUACUUCACGGCGGAGGUGUGGGUCCUCAUCGCAGCUAUGCUACUACAUGUCCCGGUCUGUGGGGCUGCUUUGUUGGCUGCUGAUAGACUCAAGUCUGGAGGGCGAUUAUGGCCGCGCAAGAGCAGUACAUCAGAGAAAGCGGACGUGGAGGCCGAGGUGGCCGACGGUCUAGAGGACGAGGACGUGCGACGCGAGCGGCGGCGUGUCGGCGCUCUGCUGCACGCACAACGCACUCAGCAGGACAGCACACCGCCGGCGCUGCUCGUUCACAACCUUCGCAAGGAGUACAAGCUGCGUAACUCCCGGAGUGGCGCCUGCUGUGGUGAGGGGGAGUGCUCGAGGCGCGCGGCCCUCGCCCGCCUGUCGCUGGCGGUGCACGGCGGCGAGGUGUUCGGUCUGCUGGGACACAACGGAGCCGGGAAGACCACCACCAUGAAGAUCAUCACCGCUGAGGAGAGACUCUCCUGCGGCACCGUGAUGCUGGGCGGUCAGAACAUAGAGGAGGCUCAAUCCAGCGCCUUCCAGAUGUUAGGCUACUGUCCACAACACGACGCGCUCUGGAAGAACGUCACCAUCAGGGAACAUAUCGAGUGUUACGCCGCCAUACGAGGAAUCAGCAAAGCUGACACACCUCGUAUCGUGGAGGCCUACCUACACGGUCUCCAGAUCGCGGAGCACGCUGGUAAGAACGCGGAGGAGUGUUCUGGUGGUACCAGGAGGAAGUUGUCCUUCGCUCUGGCGUUAGUUGGCUCGCCGAGGGUAGCCCUCCUGGACGAACCUUCAACCGGCAUGGACCCUCGCAGCAAACGGUUCCUCUGGGACACCAUACUGGCGAGCUUCCAGGGCAAAAAAGGUGCUAUACUGACAACACAUUCCAUGGAAGAGGCUGAUGCGUUAUGUUCUAGAGUUGGGAUUAUGGUGAAAGGAGGUUUGAGGUGUAUCGGUUCCACGCAACAUUUGAAAAAUUUGUACGGCGCGGGUUACACGUUAGAGAUGAAGAUAGGACAAAACAAUCAGAAAUCCACGAUGUUAGAAACAGAUCUGUCUAUGACUCCAUCACCUCUGCGGUCUCAAGACAACUCACCGUCCUUGGAAGAGGCUGAUGAAGCUGGCUCCGGUCAAGGUUCUGGUGGGGGUGAUUGUGGGCGCGAAGGUGAUAUUGAGGGUGAAGGUGAGGGUGAGGGUGAGGCUGUGGAUGUCAGCAUUCACACACCGCUGGUCGGGAACACACCGUCUAUGAGACUGCAUCAUCAGCGUACUGAGUCUAGCGGUGGCGCGUGUGCUGAGGCAGCGAUCGCGCUGGUGGGCUCACUGUUCCCGGCCGCCACGCUCGAGGAGAGCUUCGCUGAGCGUCUCGUGUUCUCUGUUCCACAGAGCUCCGUCUCCAGCCUCGCCAGCUGCUUCCAGCAGAUAGAGGAGGCGAAAGAAAAGCUGAACAUAGUGGAGUACAGUUUCAGUCAGACGACCCUGGAGCAGGUUUUCUUGAAAUUUGCACAAACAGAGAACGUGGAAACAUCAGACCAAGAACAUUAGACAGCUGUUGAUAGUAUAAGUACGCUGGACUUGACGCUCUCACAUCACACCGUUAUAACAUAAACAUACUAAUAAUAUAACGUCUGUAUAAACUGAAUUAUGCACUAUUAUAACACACGUGUAUUAAAUAUCGUAUGGAGUAUAAUCGGAAAUAAAUAAAAAAAAUCUUCAUCACCAUAUAAUAUCCUAGUUAUCGGCAUCAUGUAAUGGAAAAUACAUUGUAGAAUAGAGCUACCACAGGCGGCUACCACAAGUCCGCAUCCUCACACUUCAUACGUAUCGUUAAAGGGUUCCCGUUUAUAAUUCUCCGAAGACUAUACAAUUAACGUAGUUUGUAGAACGUGAAACGCUCAACGUCACGUGUGUGGUGUAGCGAUUGGACUCGUUGUUAGCUGGAUUUCGGCGUGGAGGUGUCGGUGUGAAAGCGUCGAGUCUAUAAAAUCAGUUAGUAGUUUUGUGCUUUUAAGACGAUGUAAAAUAAAUACGCUUCUGAUAUAUAAUCUAGUAUUUUCUGGGCUUUUGUAUGGAAACUCGGGAUGGAAGAGUUAGAUGUUCUAGGUUAAGACACUUCGUCAUCGACUACGCGGCGGUUGAGAUCUGUUUUAACAUCAAUCAGUAUCUCAUAUAGUGCUACUUUGUUAUGAUUGACAACACUGUUUAUAAUAGGCCUAAUUGUGGAAUAUUAAACUUUUUACUUUCCGUUAUAAAUAGAUUUUUUUUUUUGGUUCAAAAUGAAAGUUUUUAAGCAUCGCGUACGACUUAAUUGUAAUCGAAGUAGCACUGUACAAGUUACGGUGUAGGACGUGUUGACUUUUUAUAAUUUGAUAUUUAAGUAGCAAAAUUUUAUAUACAGUUUAGAUCCAAUAUAAUUGCACUAUGUUUGAUGUUAGUGGGUCGAUAAAAAUUACCGAAAAAAAUAAUCAGUCUUGUGAGUUGACGGUGUAUUUAAUAUAUGAACGAAUUCUCAUAUAACACGCCUGUCACAUUAAUAAACAAUAAACUACAUCCAUUUUAAAAACGUAAUAAAUUGAUUGAAAAUGAAAAAAAAUAUCCAAAUCACUUAUAUAUCCGAUGGGUUUACAAAUACUGAAAUAUAAUAUAUCUUAGACGGUAUAUUCCUCUAGUAACCGUAUAUUUUAUUUUAUCAUAUAAAUAUUAUCAGUUUUAUAUUUCGAUAUACAUAAAACUGUUAUACUCGAUACCCAUCAUAUAAAAACAUAGUGCAUGUGUAAAUAACGAGAACCAAUAUACAUACCGUCAAUAAGGGAAUGCUAGUAUAUAUAUACUUUAAAAAACUGCUUUUAAAUACAAUUAGUUUAAAAUUUUAUAUUAAACUGCGUAGUUCAGGUCGGCAGUAUCAGUUAUAACGUGUUAUGAUGUAGUUGAAAUCUGAGUCCUCUGAUGCGAGUCUUUGUCCUAGUUUUAUUUAUUUAUUUAUUUCAACUUGUAUGACAUACCUUCUCUUUGAUAUCUGUAGUCAAAUUUAGUAAUACAAUUCCAUUGAAAUAAAGAAACGGAUGUCAUAUGUGUAUAAGAUAAUUUAAUUUUAGAUAGUUUAUAUUUGUAUGUUUUGCUAUUUAAUGGAAUCGAAAAAAAAAAAUUUUUUGACAACAUUUGUAAUUGCAAUUGUUGAACGCGUCUGAAAUAGUAGAAUUGUUAUAAGAAAUAAAAGACAUAAAAUUAAA